UUACCCUCAAAAUAACCCUCAAAAUAAGGAACCCAAACACCCUCUCAAUACACCUUCUUCUUCUUCUUCUCUUUCUCUCUCCAUCAAUACGCGCAGCCUAAAAACACCGACCACAAACGCUCACCAACACUGCAAUCUUCCUCAGCUAAUCGCCGUGCAGAUGUCAGUUUAGUGCAUUCUACAAACUCGCAAACUAGGGGAAUCGGGAAUCUCGUCAUCAUUUUCAAAAAAAAAAAAAAUUGAUAAGAGAGAGCAGAAGCUGCCAAUGACUGCUUUGUUGUCCAGUGAUCCGAUGCAUUUUGGAAUGUAUGAGGGCGGUCCAUAUAGACAUUCUGAUGAUAAAACGGAAGAAACUGGUGGCAGGUGGUAUUUUUCACGGAAAGAAAUUGAAGAAAAUUCCCCGUCUAGACCAGAUGGCAUUGAUCUGAAGAAGGAAACUUAUCUACGUAAGUCAUAUUGCACGUUCUUGCAAGACUUGGGUAUGAGGCUCAAAGUGCCCCAGGUAACCAUUGCUACGGCUAUAAUCUUUUGUCACCGUUUCUUUCUUCGUCAAUCACAUGCAAAGAAUGACAGGAGGACGAUUGCAACUGUCUGCAUGUUUCUGGCAGGCAAGGUUGAAGAAACACCUCGUCCAUUGAAAGACGUAAUCCUUGUUUCCUAUGAAAUCAAUAACAAAAAGGAUCCCGAGGCUAUACAAAGAAUUAAACAGAAGCAGGAAGUGUACGAACAACAAAAGGAAUUAAUAUUAAUCGGGGAGCGAGUUGUUCUUGCAACUCUCGGUUUCGAUUUUAACGUGCAUCAUCCAUAUAAACCACUAGUAGAAGCAAUAAAGAAGUUCAAAGUUGCCCAAAAUGCCCUUGCUCAAGUUGCUUGGAAUUUUGUCAACGAUGGGCUUCGGACAUCUCUUUGCUUGCAAUUUAAACCCCACCACAUCGCCGCCGGUGCUAUUUUCCUUGCCGCCAAGUUUCUCAAAGUUAAACUACCGUCAGACGGUGAAAAAGUUUGGUGGCAGGAGUUCGAUGUCACCCCACGUCAAUUAGAGGAGGUCAGUAACCAAAUGCUGGAACUGUAUGAGCAAAACAGAGUGGCACCGUCUCAAACGAGCGAAGUUGUUGACGGCAGUACAAAUGGCGGGGUUACGCAAAAGGGUCCCACCCGAUCUCUUCCUGACGACGAAGACGGUCCAAACAACAGCAAUUCUCGGCCGGGUACCUCAUCAAGGCCCACUCUCGAUCAAUCAGGCCCGAACGUAAAGGGAGACAUUGAAGUCAACGAAAGUCAACAAGAGCGUCACACGGCAGAAGAUGGUAACAGGAAUGAGGAAAGACGGGAAGCAGUGGAAUCAUCGAAGGAGAAAUUCAAAGGGCAGUCGCCGCAAGACGCUAUAAAACGACUCGACAAAGAUAAAGUUAAAGCCGCUCUUGAAAAAAGACGAAAAGCGCGUGGCGGUGAUGUGACCCGGAAAACGGAUUUGAUGGACGAAGAUGAUCUAAUCGAGAGAGAGUUAGAAGACGGUAUAGAGUUGGCUGCUGAGUCAGAGAAAAACCGAAAACAUAAUUGGUCAAAAUCGGUCAAUGAUGAUGAUAUGGAAGAUGGUCAAUAUCAUUCUACUUCACAUAAGGGGCAGUCAUCAAGAAGUCAAGAUUUUGACCCAGUGGAAGAAGGGGAAGUGGGGAUGAUGGAUGAUGAAUACAGGUCAAGGUCACCUAAGUCCAGUAAUAGGAAAAGAAAGGGUGGUGGGCCCGGGCCCGGGCCCGGGCUCGGGAGUGGGACCCCACCUGAUAAAAGGAGGAGAAAUUAGAAGCCAGCCAGUAAAACUAAUUUAUUCUUGAAUCUUGAGUGGAUAUUAGAUUAUUAUCUAUAUAAUUGUUCUUGUUUUUAAGAGAACAUGUUAAAACUAAAUUUUGUUUUUUUUUUCCUUUUUGGUCGUUAAAAUCAGACCAUUUUACCAACGUUAAUAUGAGCUCCUCUCUAUUCAUCAA